AUGUCUUCUCCCCCCCAAACAUCAAAGUUGGAAGAGAGCGAUAAGGCCUCGACUAUCGUUCCACCGGUUUCUGGAGAUAAUGGCAAUACCCGGUUCUCAGAGAAGGGCUCGAUUCCUAGUUCAUCAUCAGAGAACCUACAGUCUGACCAGACUAUCGCCGAGGAUCAGAACAUAUCUACGGUCAUAACCUCGAAUGGCAGUGCUGAUGUUGAGAAGGCAAUUCCAGAAGCCCCUGUCGCAACAAAAAGGGUCCCGGAAGGGUACAAGGAGUAUAAUGACCCAAAUAUCGUUUACUGGGAUGGCCCAGACGACCCUGCACAUCCACAGAAUUGGUCACCGAUCAAAAAGGUCGUCAUAGUUAGCUGCGUCGGCCUCAUUACACUGCUAACUCCUCUUGGUUCUUCUAUGUUUGCACCCGGAGUCGGUGAAGUGAUGAAGGAAUUCAACAGUACAAACCCGGAGCUUGCAUCUUUCGUCGUAUCGGUUUACCUCCUAGGGUUCUCCUUUGGACCUUUGAUCGUUGCACCCCUUUCGGAAAUGUACGGCCGUGCCCCUUUAUACACCAUCUGCAACGUUCUCUUCGUCAUAUUCAACAUUGCUUGCGCCGUCGCCAACUCCCUCGAAUCACUAAUUGUCUUCCGUUUCCUUGCGGGCACUGCGGGCAGUGCUCCCUUGACUAUCGGUGCUGGCACCAUCUCCGAUAUGAUUCGGCAAGAGAAACGAGGCGGUGCUCUUGCUGCAUGGGCUCUUGGUCCACUGCUUGGUCCAGUUAUUGGACCUAUUGCUGGUGCUUUCUUAACUCAAGCGUUGGGGUGGAGAUGGACUUUCUGGGUCCUAUCCAUUGCGUCUGGUGCUGUUGCUCUCAACACGUUCAUCUGGCUCAAUGAGUCCUACCACCCAGCCAUCCUGGCCCGCAAGACUAAACGGCUUAUCCAGGAAACUGGAAACACCAACCUUAGAUCUGCUCUAGACUCCGGACAGAAGCCAAAGGACCUCUUCUUUCAAUCCAUUGUCCGCCCAACGAAGAUGUUAUUCCUUUCGCCCAUUGUUUUCCUUCUAUCUCUCUAUGCCGCCGUUGUGUACGGGUAUCUCUAUCUGUUAUUCACAACCAUCUCCGGAGUCUUUAUCGGAAAAUACCAUUUCUCUCAGGGUACUGUUGGCCUUUCAUUCCUCGGCAUUGGAAUUGGUUGUCUCCUCGGGUUGGGCGUCCUAGGCAUGACAUCCGAUCGUCUGCUCAAGUCCCUAGCUGCUCGGAACGGCGGCGUCAUGAAACCUGAAUAUCGUCUCCCACCACUUAUUCCAGGUAGUCUCUUUGUCCCUAUAGGCCUCUUCUGGUAUGGGUGGUCUUCGGAAAAGGGUGUUCAUUAUGUCAUUCCUAUCAUCGGAACGGCAUUUGUCGGCAUUGGCAUGAUAUUUACUUUUAUGACUAUAUCUACCUAUCUGGUUGACGCGUAUACCCGCCAUUCUGCAAGUGCACUGGCUGCCAACUCUGUACUACGCUCAAUAGUCGGUGCUGUCCUACCCCUCUGUGGCCAAAGGAUGUAUAAAUCCCUCGGCUUAGGAUGGGGUAAUUCCCUUCUUGCGUUUAUCGCCCUGGCCCUGGCGCCGCUUCCGAUCGUCUUCUACGUAUAUGGAGAACGUAUACGCACCAGCAAGCGCUUUGCUGUUAUUCUCUAG